AAUGAGGCCAACAGGCCCCAGCACGGCCAGUAUUUCGCGUCUUACCUCUGCCAGUUCAAUUCUUCUGAGGCCUCCGAGCAGUUCAGACACCAUGGGGAAGAAGUUCAUCGUGCUUCUGCUGAUGUGCGCAGCAGUCAUCUGCAUGCGGAAGCACCCAGACUUCUUCGAAGGCUGCGUGCGGCAUCCAACCGACCGGGUGUCGCCAGGCGUAUGCACCUUGGUAUCCGAUCUUGUCAAGAACACGUCGUUCGAGUCGUACACGGAGCCUGUUCUGAAGUUAUCCGCCAACCAGCCACGCUCGGGCUACCUGAACGCUCUACUUGAAAUGACUCGCGUCGCAGUCCAGCAUUCCGACGAUGUGUCGAAAGGGGCCAUCAUUCGAGUGGAGUUCAUGACCGCCCGAAGUGCCUGCAUUCGCCCGGGCGCCUACUCCGCGGCCAUUUGCCCGCCCGCUGUGUCCAAGGCAAAUGGUUUGUGCCAGGCAAGGUACUUCAUGUACGACAAAGCCAUUUUGCUCCAGCGAGCUUGGUGCAAGCCCCUUGAAUAGACUUACGAGUUGCCAAGCAAGACUCCGCUUUUGUGACCCCCUGCAGCGCAAGCCUGCCAGGUGUGUGAGCCGCAGACUUAGGAGUGAAUAAAGUGUGAUGAACACUUA